UAUAUAUAUAUUUCAUUUUAUUGUUCUUUUCGUUUAGGAAAGCUGAUCGAAAAUAUUACCCAAUGGCGCAAAACGCUUCUGCACUUGGAAAUGCAACGCAAUCUGUAUCUUGUAUGAGUCGAGUAGUCAUUGGUAUAAGUAUAUAGCCUAGAAAAAAUCUUUAUAUAUAACGGCUGGACUGUAAAUUUAUUUACUCAAUGUAUUAACAACUUUAAACGGACGUAUUUCACACGGAAUUUGAUACAGAUAUAUUUGUAGCCACCUUCAUCUGGUAUCAUUAAAAUGGCCGAUUCCAGUGAUUUGGAUCGGCAAAUUGAACAAUUGAAGAAAUGUGAAAUUAUAAAAGAAGCAGAAGUAAAAGCUUUAUGUGCAAAGGCUCGUGAAAUUCUCAUAGAAGAAAGCAAUGUACAACGAGUUGAUUCUCCGGUGACAGUAUGUGGAGAUAUUCAUGGUCAAUUUUAUGAUUUGAAAGAAUUAUUUAAAGUAGGUGGUGAUGUUCCAGAAACGAACUAUCUUUUUAUGGGAGAUUUUGUUGACAGAGGAUUCUACAGUGUCGAAACAUUCCUUCUUCUCCUUGCAUUAAAAGUACGUUAUCCUGAUAGGAUUACAUUAAUUAGAGGGAACCACGAAUCAAGACAAAUUACUCAAGUAUAUGGAUUUUAUGACGAAUGUUUACGUAAAUAUGGUAGUAUUACGGUAUGGCGGUACUGUACUGAAAUUUUUGAUUAUUUAUCAUUGUCAGCUAUUAUAGAUGGGAAAAUUUUUUGUGUUCAUGGUGGUUUGUCUCCUAGUAUUCAAACUCUUGAUCAGAUUCGCACUAUAGAUAGAAAACAAGAAGUACCUCACGAUGGUCCUAUGUGCGAUCUAUUAUGGUCUGAUCCAGAAGAUACUCAAGGUUGGGGAGUUUCACCACGUGGAGCAGGAUAUUUAUUUGGUAGUGAUGUUGUAGCUCAGUUUAAUUCAGCUAAUGAUAUUGAUAUGAUAUGUAGAGCACAUCAGUUGGUAAUGGAAGGAUAUAAAUGGCAUUUCAAUGAAACUGUUCUCACAGUAUGGUCUGCACCAAAUUAUUGUUAUCGAUGUGGUAAUGUGGCGGCUAUAUUGGAAUUAAACGAGCACUUACAAAGGGAUUUUACGAUUUUUGAAGCAGCGCCACAAGAAAGUCGAGGAAUACCUAGCAAGAAACCACAAGCAGAUUACUUCUUGUGAUCGUAUAUUAUGAAAUCGCAAUUUGCAUGUUAUCAUUCUGAAGUCAAUGACAUAGAAUCUUUAAGAUUUUCAUGGAUAGUUUUUGUGUGUGUUCAAGUUAUAACACCACAGAUAUUUUCAAUUUAUACGAAAUUUUUUGAUUUAUUUUUAGUACAUUUUUAUGGCUAUAUAAAAAUGAACAAUUAUAUUUAUUAUUGAAUAUUGGAAAAAAUUAUAUGCCAGUAAGAUUACUUAAAAAUGACAGCAUAUGUUUAAUAUGAAAGAAUAUUAAUCAUCACAAUCAAAUAAUUGUGCUUUACUUUGUUAAGAUUGUAUUCAAAAAGUAUUUAAUAACUUUUGUUUGAAUAUUGGAGGAAAAAUACGUUGAAGUAAUUUCAUUUUUUUCCAGAAAAAAGAGGAGAUAUUAAAAAUAUUA